AUGGCCUCCUUCCCCAACGUCUACACCCAUCGCAAGGUCGCCGACACCGCUUCCAAAGCCUGCGAAAUAUGCUUCAAGCCAAGCACCAGCGUGCUGGUCACACCUGAAAACAAGGACUUCUUUUAUGUAUGCCCGGCACACCUCAAAGAAAAAGGCUUCUGUAGCCCAAUCAUCGACGAGGCAGCUGUGGCCGCCAAGAAAAAGAAGGAGAUGGAUGCCGAGGUCGAACGUGUCAGGAAGGAAUUCGAGGAGAAGCAAAAGAAGAAGAAGGACAAGGAGAAGGAGAAAGGAAAGGAUAAAGAUAAAGACAAGAAGGACGAUGACAAGAAAGAGAAGAAGCCCGAGGAUAAGAAACCUGACGAAGUCACAACUCCAGCACUGGACGAAGAACCAAGAGUGUUUGCUCUUCAAAAGACCUUCUAUCAACAGCGCGUUGACAAGAAACGGAACGCAGAGAUCGCCAAACGAAAUCGGGAGCGUCUACAAAACCCCAACCUAUUCCCUCAAGUCCCCAAAGGAUUCCCCUAA